GGACGGAGGGGCGGACGGAGGGACAGACGGACGGAGAGAGCCCGCGGAGAGGCACCGGCCCUCCCCGCUCGCCCCAUGAAGCUGUGCCCGGGGUCCGCGGCGCCCUCGGGCUGGGCGCUGCCGCUCCUUCUCGCCCUGGGCGCCGGGCUCAGCCACGCCACCCCGCACCUGCGGUACAGCCGGCCGGGCUCCCGCAGCAAGAACUGGUGCGCCUACAUCGUGAACAGGAACGUGAGCUGCUCGGUGCUGGACGGGACGGAGAGUUACAUCCAGGCCCAGUACAAAUGCGCUUCGAACCAGUUCCCCUGCCAGCCCACCCAGGUAUACCGAACAAGUUUCAGACCUCGGUACACAGUUGCAUAUAAGACAGUAACAGAGCUGGAAUGGAGAUGUUGUCCCGGGUACAAAGGGGAAGACUGCAGAGAAGGCCCAGCAGAAAAGCCCAGCAAUGCUCGUCGGCCAACAACACCAGCAAAAGCUGUUGUGAAGAAGGGCUUGGAUGCAGAGCCAACAGAAGUUCCGGAACCUUCUCCCUAUGAGAAGAAAAUGCAGUUUCUCGAGGAUGAAUUGUUUAGACUUACGCGAUCGGUGCUUGAACUUCAGUCUUCUGUGGCAGGUGUGAAUGAAAACCUAAAGCUGACUGUCCAAGAAGAUGCCAGUAAGGUGUUGGUCACUUGGCUGAAUAACCUUUAUGACCGCCCAGAGCCUGAUAGUGCAGUUGGUGGUGAAAUGGACACUAUUCAUCUGCCUGGACUCCUCAGCAAUAAAGAUCAAAAAGACCCUUUUAUUGAUUUUGAAAUGGAAGAUAUCAAGUCUGAGCUAGCUGAGGUCAAAGAAGCCUUGAAGAUGAGGAAUGACAAGCUGGAGGAACUGAAUGGAAAAGUAAAAGGCUAUGAAGGACAAUUGAAACAACUGCAGGAGGCAGCACAAGGACCUACAAUAACAAUGCCUAGUGACAAUAUAUUUCAGGAGUAUAUAGACUCAAAAUUUGAGUCCCUCAGACAGGAAUUACUGGAAGGAUUUGAAAAGAAAAUGGCAGAUCUGAAGAAUUCCUGUGAAUACAAACUACAGGAUAUCCAGCAGCAGUGUGAUGACAAUGAAAACAACUGUUUAGGAAUAAUUGACGUUAUAAGAGGAAAAGAGAAUGAUUUGAGGAAAGAAAUAAAUACUCUUCGAACUCAGAUUCCAUCAAACAAGUCCAGUUGUUGCAAGGAGAGUGAGAGAAAUUACUUUGACCAACAGAUAGAAGAUUUAGAUAAGAAGAUUGACAGAGUUGCAGAAGCACACAGGAUCUUGAACGUCAGAAUAGAUAAUGAAAUCAGUCGAUUGUCAACUCCAGAUCUGGAAGACAUGUUUGGUGAGAGGUUUGAGGAACUCGAUGCGAGGAUGAAUACUACAGAACGAAAUGCUGAAGAGCAUUGCUUUUACGUUGAGGAAACUCUCCGUGGUGCAAUCGCUGCUGAGGCAGAUGAACUGAGAGACUUGUUUGACCAAAAGCUCCGGGCACUAGAAGAUAGGCUAGGUGGCACUAUUUUAGAGAUUGCCAAUACCACAGACCCAGAUGGAAUGUUUAUUAAUCCUGGGCCCAUCUUGCCCAGUGAUGCAGGAUUGGCAAAUGAGCAAUUUACAGCAGAGAUUAACUUCCUGAAGAACAAACUACUGUCGCUUGAACACCUCUGUGGGCAGAAAUGUCAGUCUGCGCCACAAGGUACAGAGGACCUUCAGAAAGAGCUAGAAAACUGUAACAACAGAUACAAUCACUUGCUUUUGAAAACAGAGAACAACUCGGUUCUUCUGCAAUCUCUAAAUAGCUCUCUUAAUGAGAAACUCAACUUAAUUAAGGGUAACCAACGUGACAUCCAGAAAAUGCAAAGAGAUGUACGUGUAUUCCGGUAUAGUCUAAGUGUCAUGGAUAAAGAUAUGAAGAAUCUUCAAGAUGGCUUGAGCAGCUGCAAGGAGCAGCUUCUGGGUGUCAAUUCUACCUGUAGAAAAACACAGCGAGGUGUCUUCAGAAAAAUCGAUCAAAUGCAGAGGACAUUUGCAAACCAAACUGCUCAUUCCAGUGAUAAUUGCUGUGGUGAAGUGAAGGAGAGACUAGAACAAUUGAAUGACCAUAUCCUGAAUGAUCUUAGUAAGUGCAAAGAAAAUACCCAAGGUAUCCAGGAGGGUGUUUCAGAUGUUGAGAGCAGGGUUUCACGUGUUGAAAAAGUUUGUGGCAAGCUGGACUCUGUUUCAGGUAGCUUGCAGAAGAUAAAAGAAGGUCUGAAUAAGCAUGUGAGCAGCUUAUGGAACUGCAUUCGUGAAAUGAAUGGAACUAUAGCCUCUCAUUCCACUGACAUUUCUGGCCUCAAAAAUUCCAUCCAACAGUUUAAUAGUCAGGUCUCCAAAAUCACCACAGACAUUGAAGGCGUGCUGAAAUCUCAGUCUGACACAAGGCACUCAGAAGUACCACAGCAGCCAUUGCCACCAAGAACACCUCUGCACCGCCAACCUGGCAUAUCGCUGCUUCUUCCAUCAAGGCCGAGAAUCCAACCCCCACAGCAGAGGAUCCCCCUCCAGCCACCACAGCCGAGACCUCUUCCACGCCCAGCGCUGCCAGGGUCAGGAGUUGUGCCUUUCCUGCCUGGAACAACUGGUGUCAUCCUGGAGACUGGAGAGGCAGGGCCUCCUGGCACGGUUUUAAUGUCAGGCAGAGGGCGGCUUAGGAGUGUGGAUGGCCAGGCUGGGCAAAGUACUAUGCCCAUUGCUGAAGGGUAUGCUGGAGCACCAGGUUAUCCAAAGUUACCUCCUCCUACCACAGACUCACAAGGACCUGCUGCUGCUCCUGUGCCCUCCCUGGUGUCCUUUUCUGCUGGGCUCACACAGAAGCCUUUCUCCAGUGAUGUCGGCGUGGUUCACUUUAAUAAAGUGCUUGUGAAUGACGGAGACUAUUAUAACCCAAAUACAGGCAUUUUCACAUCACCAUACGAAGGGCGCUACCUGAUCACUGCUGUGCUGGCCCCAGAGAGGGAUGAGUAUGUAGAAGCAGUGCUGUCCGUCUCCAACGCAAGCGUGGCUCAGCUCCACACAGCUGGCUACAGACGGGAACUGCUGGAGUAUCACAAACCCUACUCAGGGAAACAGACCUGUGGUGGUCCUGGGACAUUCCACCUUGUUCUUCACCUCAAAGCAGGAGAUGAAGUAAAUGUUGUUGUAACAGGAGGCAAACUGGCCUACACAGACUCUGAUGAAAUGUACUCCACGUUUAGUGGAGUUCUCCUUUAUCCUUCCAUUUCUCAUGUUUAGGUGUACCUUGGACAGGAGAGAAGGGUAAGAUAUUCAGAAGAAAUUAAGUGUAAUAAAAUUCAAAGCUUUAAUAUAUUCAGUUUAUAUAUUUGAUUUCAGUGAUGGCUUUAUGGUCUAUACUGAGGCCUUUUUCUUGUCUCGUUUCCAGAGGUAGCUACAAAAGACAUCUUUCUGUAGCUAAAUUAACUCCUUCCCAAGCCCUUGUUGACCUGUACAAGCAGAACAACAAAUAUGUUCUCAGUAGAUACUUCUCCACUCUGCCCUUGCUAUUCCCUAUUAAAUUGUCUUUGCAGUCUUUUCCCUAGUUUUUCAAAUUGUCCCUAGUGUAUCAAAGUUUACAUCUUUGCUGAAGUUUACAGAUGUGGUCAGCUAUUGUCGUGUUUUCAGUAAAGCAGGCCCAAGAAAGUGACAUUGUAUUGGAUGUGGUUGAUGACUUCUUACUCCAUAAUUUAUUUAAUAAUAUGUUGGGUCAAGUGCAUUCACAUAAACAAUUUGUUCAAUGCAGUUGCUAACUGUGGUGGUGCAAAGCAAAACAAUACUCAUCUGCAUCAGUUUUCUUUUUUCCUUUAAGGGCUGAACACUGUGCUAAAAGACAAGUGACUCAUUCCAGUCAAGUGAAAGCAGCUGUGCAGGGAGAAAAUUAACCUCACCUCAGCUUUCCACUGGGCAGAUGUGAGCAUAAGGUGCAGUUGCUACAACUAAAAGACUUAGAAUUGUUAUUUUCAAUUGAUACAGUAAAAAAAAGAGGAUCAGUUAAGCAUGCUGCUCUUGAGAUUAAAGCUUGCUGCUUGAAAUGAAUGAAACAGGUUAGAAAAAAACCUGAAUCUUCUGUCCUUAGCUAGAAAAAUAGUAAUUUUGAAAGCUUAAAAUUUUUUACAAAGCUUAUUUCUGGUACUCCUACAGUAUUUGCAUUGAAAAGGAAGUUUUCUUCUUUGUUGCAUUGUAGAGGACAAAUCAGAGGAAAAAUUGUUUGUCUAGGAAGGCAGCCUUGUUAACUGAUAUGUCUCAUGCACAAACCAACCUUUUGCACUAAGUCUUUGCUGUAACAGCCUCUUGCAAUGGUGGUUUUCAGUGAGGUUUAUUUGAACACUCAGCAUCUGUUUAUAUUGCUCAGGCAAAUUUUGUAGUUUAAACAGAUUUUGGGCAACAGUAUUUUAUUGCUUAUACUAGCCACUCCUCAGUAGCUGUAACAAAAAUGAUGUUUUGACUCUUUGGAGUUGGCAUUUGGAUCUCUUUCAUGACAGGAAAAAAACAAACAAGCCAGGCUUUACUGAGAGCAAGACCGUUAAUUUGUCACCCCUCUAUUCUUUAUAUAAAUGGAUCUUUUUAAUAGUCUGUUCAUGCUGCAUGGAGUUGUAUUUAUCAUAG